AUGAGAACUGACUUGACGGAUGCGGUAAAAUGGUGCGGGAAACAUCUGGUCGGUCGAUCGGCUUUCGGUUAUGACGGUGUCGAAUUCCUGUAUGGUGACUUUGGUCAAGACUUGGCCAUCGCCGUCAAAGAUUCCGUAGUUUCGAUUCUUAUCCGAAGAUUAUCAGAUUACACCAUGGAUACCAUUAGUUAA